CGCUGAUCGAGCGCGUCGCGAGGUAGUAGUAGUAGAUAUCGAGUCAGUCGCGAUUUACGUCUUAUUUUCUUUCAGGUUGUACUACUCGCACUGACGUAUGCGACAGGAAAAAUAAUGCGGAAAACGCGAUACCUCGAUGCUGGAUAUUUCUGAAAAAUUAGCCUGUCUUCUAGGAUGCAUAAAGUAUGAAUAACUCUUAAUCUUGAGCUAUCAAGAUGGACAACGAGGAGUGUUUUCAGCCAAUCUUGAGCUCCCAGGAGGAGGACAAUUUUCAACGAUUAAACACUCUACCGAUUGUAUCGAUUCCACUUCUGUUCGGAAUUUCUUUGGAGAUUGCUGGCAUUAUCUUUGUUUGUCUUUGGUCAGAGGAACAAAACAAAUGCGACACAUAUUUUAUAUACUUGUAUCUUCACUGUGUCUAUUGGUUGAUAAUCAUGCUGACAGAUCAUAUUGUCAAAAUAAGGCAUCACAAGUUGCGUAUUAAUGGAUAUUUGGAUUUCUACCAAGCCACAUAUCAAUUGAUCAGGACACCUCUGUUCAUCACGUCGCUUUGGAAUACGUGCUAUUUAUUCUUGGCCGUGAUUUUACAUCACACGCACAAGGUUGAUUACGAACAGUACUGCAGGGCAUCCGAGUGGUUCACGCCACUCAAUUACAUUUUUCUCCUGACUACCUUGGAACUUGUGAUAACUGCACUGGCUUACACAAAUUAUAUCAAGAAAGUUGUGAGAUUCAAUCGACUGCGUCCACCACCCGACGUCACUCGCGACGAAUGGUUGUCGCCGUUCACGCAGGAUUCCUACGCCGGAGUCGGGGAAGUCGGUUAUCAUCAGAGGGGAACGAAUCUGGAGGAGUUGCUGGAAAAGCAGGCGGACUUGAUACGAUAUCUGAGGGAUCACAAUGUAAAGCUAAGUUAUAGGAUAAUGCUGUUGGCGUCUGAGCGCAGAGCGACGGAACCCUAAGAAAGUAUGAUUCCAUGUAAAUAAUCUAUCACUAUUGUUUACCCGUCUCCCUUCCCACACACACACACACACACACACACGUGCGCGCGCUCAGUUUGAUUCGACGUUGCAAAAUGUAAUAUUACAUAUGUUAUGUAUAUAUUAAGUAGAGAUCGAAUGUAUCGGUUUUAAAAAUAGUUUUUAUAUUUAUUAUUAUUAUUAUUCACGAGAGAGAUUGUUUUGUGUGGGAAAGUCGAGAGUGUGAAAACAGAGAAUGCAAAUACAUGUCUAUUGUCAACUCAAUAAAAUAUACAUAUAUAUUUCUCCA